CAUAAAGAUGAAAGCAAAGCAAGUUCCUUUGAAAUAUAAUAUAUUGUUCAUAAAAAUGUUAACAAUCUUUUCAGAAUAUGUGACAUAACAUAUAUAGAAACAUAUAAAAUUAAAUUUGUUUCUAAGAUAUGUAUAAUUGCAAGAAGUGGAGACUCGACUAUUUUUUCGUUUUUCGCGCGUGUAUGUAAUAAAUUAUAUAUUGUCACUACCUCGAUAAUAAUCGUCGCACGUCGACUGACAGGUUCAGUGUGAAUCCUGCAUAAGCUUUGUUCUACGCAUACAAUUGAAAAUUACACAAUUGUAACAGUAAAGUUAUAAUAAUAUAAAAAGUUAUAAUAGCUCCGCUUAUAAUGUUUUCGGCCUUAUGUGAUCUGUGUAAGAUUGAAAAUUAUGUAAUUCUCGAUCUGGCACACAUGACAUCGACUGUGCUAAAUUAUAGUCAUAGCAGUCUAGAUAACAUAUAGAAGUAACAAGUAUGUAUAAAAGUUUGUACUUUUCACACUAUACCUGCUUGAAAUAACAGAUAAGGAUCGAAGAAGAUAUAUGGUGUGAAAACGUGACUUUUUUUUACACAGAAAACUCCUUUGCUCUAAUGCUGCGACAGAGAUUGUUUCAUGUUGCGAAGUACAGUAGAAUCUUGCAGAGAGUUUUGUGUAAAAACAAUCAUGCAGGAUACAAGGUGAACGAUAUAAGAGUUGUCAGGAAGUUAACAUGGGCAGCAUCGCCAUUUAUUUCAAUGGGAAUAUGGGGAUUCAUGAAAAACACGAAAGGAGAAGAAAACAAUGUUGAAACACAAAUCAUAGAUAGAAAAAUUCUUCUUCAUAAGGCGGAUGCGCUCUUUGAUCAAGGAAAUUACAAAGAAAUAUACGACAUCUUAUUGAACCAUAAGGACAGCAAGGAUGUUGAGAUUUUGUGGCGUUUGAGCAGAGCUAUUUAUAAGAUAUCCAAAACUGCUAGUGAUGUCGAAGCACGAAAGUUGAUUUACGAAGGAUACGACUUGAUACACACUGCCCUUGGCCUUGAAAAAGAUCACUUUGCUGUUCAUAAAUGGAUGGCCAUCUUCCUUGAUAGCAAAGGCACUCUAGAAGGCACAAAAGCACAUAUAAAAGAAUUGCAGAACAUUAAAAGACAUUUAUUGAGAGCGACUGAAUUAAAUCCAGCCGACGCGACGACAUUUUACAUACUUGGAUGCUGGUGCUAUGAAAUUUCAAAUUUGACAUGGUACCAACGUAAAAUAGCGUCCGUCAUAUUUGGCGAACCUCCAUUCUCGUCCUUCGAAGAGGCGUUAACGUAUUUCGAACAGGCCGAGAAAGCUGAUCCAAAUUUUUACAGUCACAAUUUAUUGAUGUUAGGAAAGACGUACCUGAAGCUGCAACGUAACGAGGAUGCGGUGAAGUAUCUGCAGAAAGUUAUCGCAUUCCCGGCAAAGAAUGAUGACGAUCAGAAAGCGAAACAGGAGGCCCAGAAAAUAUUAAGCGAUAUUUCUUUGAAAUAAAAAUAGUGAUAUUUUAAAUAUAUUUUUACACUUUUAUAUAUAUGGGAGAAAUAUAUAUG